CCGUGUUUCAGUCUGCUCCAUGCGGGGCCUUGGGGAUCGCCAGGCGGAACCGGUCUCAAAGACCCCGGUGGCGGUUUUUUCCGCCGAUCGCCGAUCGCCUAGGUGGGUCCAGGCGGGACACCUCGUGUGGCCCCUCAGCGCGCUCACCAGUCCGUCACCAUCCAGCGAGCCUGGCUUAGAGGUUCCGGGCCACGGCGUGUGGCGCCUCGAGAAGAUCGAAGCACCGGUGGGCGUUGUCCAGGAACUCUUUAGCGGCUCGGAGGGUGCCAUUCGGAUUCAAAGCCGCUGUGGCUUUUACGCCGAGGUGCGGCCCUCGGAAGAGGCCAGUUGCUGUGGCCGCUGCACGGCGCUCCCCGCUGCACCGGGCGUCGGGCCUGGCGUGGUGGUCUCCAAGAGCUUGGUGAACUUCCAACCGCCUCGCGCGGGCUUUUGGCCCCGGCACUUCGUGCGCGCCCACGACGAGGCCAUGGAGGUGAUCCACAGCCUGGCCUCCUUGCGCGGCUCCGUGUUGUCGCGCAGCGCCGAGCGCUGGCGGCGCCUGGAAGGGGAGAAGGCAGUGGUCUUGGAGUUAGCCGACGACACGGCGAAGCGCGUGGGCCUAUGGCUCUUCUGUGGUCGCUACUUCACGCGCGUGCUGGGACACGAGGGCGUCGUCAGUAGCUGUUGCUGUGCCUCCCUGGGGCGCUUGAAGAGGAUGCGCGGCCAUGUCGUCGAGGACGAUUUGCGCCGAUAUGAAGCGCUGGAGGGAGAAGUGGAGGCCAAGGGUGAGCUACGGAUCACCCGUGAUGUCUGGCGACAAAGCGAGGGCGUGGUGCUUUUUUCCUCAGAGAGGUCUAGCGCGCAGCUGAAGCGUUCAGGUGGUCAGGCUUCUCUUCUCCUAUGCCUUCCCAGUGGCGUUGAGGAAUGGAAGGUGCACCGAUGGGAGUUUGAUCCCUUCGAUGUCGAAGAGGAGGUGCAGGCGCCUCGCAGUGUCCGUCCAGAGCCUCCAAGGAAGGUGGCAAAGGUGGCGAAAGUGGCCUUCAAGGCGCCCAGCAAAGAGGAGCAGGCAGCUCAAGCAGCCAAGGCUUCCAAGUUCGCCUCUGCAGUGGCGGCGGCCGCCAAAGCCGUGGCCGCCGCCACGGAACGGCCGCCCUCCAGCGAGGCGCCGCAGCUGCCGCAGCUGCCGGUGUUCAGCAGUGAAGGUGAGCCUGCCGAACUCGCCGGCCGAACUCGUGCGGCAGCUGCGAGUGCCGGAACCGCCGCAACCGCCAGUGCCGAGGCAGCACAGGAGCCGGCCGCGCAGGUCCCAGCGCAGACAGAGGCGCCGUUGUCGGCGACACAGGCGGAGCAGCUGGAGCAGCUGCGGCAGAUUCUCAGUGGGCAGGUCUCGGCGUCCACUGGCUCGGCGGAGAAGCCGCUGCCGCCCUGGAAGAGGCCGACAGCGACGCAGAACGCGCCAAGCGACGGCGACGCCAAAACGGAGCGCCACAUGCGCGAUGCCACGUCGCUGCGCUGUGAUGUUCACGAAGAAAUGGAGUACACCGACUUGGAACCGGGCCUUCAGUCAGUGGCCUCAGGUGGGCAUGUGCUGAAUUGCCAGGAGAUUUCGGCCUUGAAAGCAGGGCUGGCGCUGAUGAAGGCGCAGGACAAGUUCCAACAGGUCUGCUUCUGGGGGAAGAUCUUCGGCCUCACGGCGGACUACUACGUGGCGUAUGGACUAGCGGCUGGGAACUUUGAGUUUCCCACGAAACACUUCUUCUUCGCCGGGAAGGAUUUCCAGUUCGCUCCACUCACGGCUCCAACACCAGAGGAGGCGGUGCGUUUGCUGGAGCUGAGCGGCGAGAAGCCCUUGACCGGCAUCGGCAGUACCUCCUUGGAGGUGGCAAAGGAAGAGGAGCCCGUGGAGGAUCCACCGGAGGGCGAGUCCGGAACCCUGGAAGCCGACUCUGGCGGCUGCCACGGCCGCCCCAUGCGCGCGUGGUGGAUGAACGCGGUGCCCGGUGUACGUGGUAUUGGGGUGAUGCGCGACCUCUUCUCUUCUCAGUGUGCGUGUGCUCUGGACCUCAAUGUGCGCCCGCCGAAUGAUGUCGUGCGACGAAAGUGCACGAACUGCGUGACACCCAUGGUCUUCAGUGCCUUCUUGUUGCCUCACUCCUACUUGCUUCAGAAGCCGGAGCCGGAGGAUCUGAAGGCGGCCAUCGAAAGAGAGUUGCCAGAGGCUCAGCCGGGCGAGGGCGACGUUUGCUCGGUGUGCUUAGAGGGCUUCGACGUCGCAUCUGCCAAGCAGUUAAAAUGCAAGCAUUGCUACCACAGCGAUUGCUUGACCAGCUGGGCCCGCUCGGAGCAACGGCGGCGGCAGACUCCCCACGGCCUGGUGCGGAUCGUGUGCCCGCUUUGCCAGCCCAGCCCACUUGUCAUCUCCCCCUUGUCGCAGUCGUUCCUCUCAAGUGCUGCCUCUGAGAGAGGUGCAGCCAUCGCUCUCAAGCGUGUGAGGCCUGUGCCCGCUGGCCCCAAGAAGCUCACAGAGGCAGAUCGAUUGGCACAGCUGGUCUUGGAGAUCGACUUCGAGACCUCUUGCGUACCUCGAGGCGCUUAUUGCAUCGAUGAGCAACACUCCAUCGUCAGCUCCAACGACUUCAAAGGCCUCGGCGUGGCGGACGCUGCGGCGCUCACCAGCUACGUGCACUUCCGCGCGCCGGUAAGCAUUGCGGCGUUGCGCAGCCUGGCACGCAAGGACGCGCAGGUCUACAGUGGCCAGAUCUUGGAUGGCUUGGACAGCGAUCAGCCCAAGGGCUGUUGGGCCCUCCGGAAGGACCCAACGGCGAACUUGGUGACCUUGAGAUCCCUGAGCUGGCCGGGCUACAUCGCCUAUCAUGUGCCCGAGACCCGAAAGUUCGGCGGCCUCUACUUCGGCUAUGCGCAGAAGGAUCUCUCCCUGCCGUUUGUCCUAUGA